GCCGGGCCGGUGGCCUCGGGCAGCCCCGGGUCGGAAAUCGGCCGGGCGGCCGCGGGAGGGAGCCGGGCAGCUCGGCGUCGCCUGCACACUGCGCGUAAUUGAUUUCCUGUCCUCUCUCCGAAAGGAAACCGAAGCCGAAUCAUAUUAAAGCAAGAAAGGAGAAAACAAAAGGAAUACUUUGAAAGAAAGAAACUUAAGUCAAAAAUGAAGCUCCUGGAAGUAUCAUCUCCUAAAAGUUCAGCAGUCAGUUUGGAUCUUCUUAAUCUCUAUGUGGUUAACCAGAUAUCAACCAAAAAAGACAACACUGAGAAUGUGAGGAAGCCAGUCCACGUUGAUAUCUCUGAAGAUGAAAAAAAACCUAUCAGGAGACAUAACUUAGAGCUUCCCACAUCACCCCUACGUACACUACGAAAAUCAAACUUAGAUGAUCUCCAGAGCAGGUUACAAAAACAAGUUUUGGACACCAGAAGACAACAUCUCUCAGAAAAAGUAAAAUACCAGCAUAAGCUCAUUCCACAAGUAAUGGAAUUAGGCCAUGUUGAUUCUAGUGUGGAAAAUGAAGACUCCAUGGCAAGAGUUUUUAGUGCUUGUCCGUUGUCCUUCUCUGGUUUUCAGUUCUCUAACUGUACACAGCUUUCAGAAGAAAAUUUCAACACAAAAGUAAUGGGGAACAUUUGGGAACAGAUCAAUGAAAAGAAACUGCAAAACCAGCCAGGUAACAACUUUGAUCAAGACCCUUGGAAUAUAAACCCUUCAAGCCAGUGUAUUUUCAGGAAGUCUGAUACAGUGUCUCAGGAGCUGUUCAAGCCAUUUGACAGCCCCGGGCCAGACUACAUGAAUUCUGCCAGGAAAAAUACAGUGAUAAUAGCCAGUAAUGAAUCAGAAAACUGUGAAGGAAUAAAAGAACCAAUAUUUGAUGUUGUGAAAGAAACUGCAGAACUGAAAGAUGGAAGUGGUUGUUCCUUUCUGGCACUAUUUGAAGAUGAGAGUCAACCAAUCCAAAAUAAUUCUGCCACGAAGCAUUUUAAUCCUUUCUCUAACCAAAACAGUAAUGACAUUUUUUUCACCGUUCCUGAUAUUGGAAAUCAAAUUAUCAACAGAAGUUAUUCUUGUGACACUAGAAGGGUUUAUCCUGCAGUCAAUGCAAAAGAAGAUUUUAUAGAAAGACGCCUUGAAGGCAUUUUCACAGCUCCAGAACAGGUUUUCCUUAAAAGUAAUAACGUGUCCAAUACAAGCUACAAGGAAACAAGUGCACUUCAUGAAACACACCGGCAGAACUGUCUUGAGGGACAGCACUACUUCAUGCCCUGUGAACAGAAAGAAAGAAGAGCAAAUCUUGAAAAAAUUGAGACAUUUGAUUAUCACCAUGAUCAGCAGAAUAACUUAAAGGAGAAUGUGCAGAAUUAUUCAAGAAAAAAAAGGGACAAGAAGUCUGUGAAAGAAGCAGCCUGGAAUCAGAACCAUGUCUUUGUAUUUGAAGGGUUCACAACAGCACAAGAUAAAGGGUAUAAGUUUGGACUGAGUUCAUAUCUUCAUGGGAUGGAUGUGGACUCGCCACUCUGCAGCCAGUCUCAUGGUUACUCUCCAAGGCAGACUGAGAGCUAUUCGAGCACCAGUUCUGACACAUCUGAAGAGGAAGACACAGGCAAAAAGAAGGAAUAUCUGAAUGAACAGUCCUUGAAGGCACAUGGUGCCAACCUGUUAUCAGCCUCAGUGAGCAGAGAGGCCCCCAAGAGCUGUCACACCCGAAGUGUGGGUAUGAAGCCCAGCAGUACUUUGGCUAGAAAAGAAGAAAACAAUCUUCAGGAGAAAGACUCUAAUUUUUGUGCCGCAGAGGAGGAAAAUAAAACCCACCCAGCUCUGUCUCCGGGCCCAUCACACCACGCCUUUAAGAGUGAGCAUGUCAGUAGCAGCACCAGGUGCGAUGUUUGGUCGCAGACCGAGGGCUCUGUGACCGUAGAGAAGGUGGAUGUGGGCACCCAGUGUGGCACCCUGAGGGUGUGCAGCUGUGGGGGAUCCCUCCCCGCUGCUCGCAGCCCAGGCGGGGUCCCUGCUCCCAGCUCUGCCGGCAGCGCAGGAGAGCACGGCCGGCCAGCGCGGGAGGCGCAGCAGCCCGCGGGCCCCGGCAGCGCCGCCGGGACAGACGCGUUCUGUGCCGAGGCCGAGUACCUGAGUUUGGCUGGCACGAGGACUCUGGAGGUGCUGAACUACAUUGAUAAAAUGAAGGAGAGAGAUAAGCAGUGAUCAACUAUAACGGCACGUUAGGAACACAGUAGGUUUGUCCUUGUCUCGGUGUAUUUCAUUCAGUUGGCAUAUUCUGAUUUUUCUAGCAUGGUCAGGCAAAAGAUACUUUUACUGUUUGUUUGCUUUAAGUAUCAAUAAUUAUGGGUUUCUGUCUACCUACUGCUAUCUCAAAGUAUGGGUUUCUAUAGAUACUGAACUAUAUCUGUAGAAAGUUGUUGAUAUCCAACCAUUAACAAAAGAUUUUACGAUAGCCUAGUAAAUAAAAGCAUUAGGAAUUAUAUUGGUUUCCUCACCAUAUAUCUGUAGAAUUCUGUAAUUCAGAAUUGAUUGACUAUGUUUCUUUUAAGGUAAUGGGAAGAUGUUGUUCCACUUCAAAAAAUAUUUAGUAUGGCUCUCAGUUUAGAGCCAUUGUCUGAUUCUCAGUCAUUUUAACAGAAAAACUUGCCUUUGUCAUGUGUUCAUACUGUACACAAAAAUGGGAAACAACAGAAAAUUUAAAUCUGCGCACAUAGAAUAGAAUGUAAUUUAAAAAGAGCUAAGUUAUUAAAUUUUUUUGAAUGUUCAAUUUUCUUUCCACGCCAGAUCCAUUCAUUCAUUUUCUGGCUGUUAACCUAAAAAAAUCUGUCGUGUGUUUCUGUAUUCUGUCUGCAAAUUCAGUAUUUGUGUAAAGCUACAAAUCACAGGAAAUAAAAGAUUCUGAUAAUAUUGUUUCUAGGUCAUAUUCUUGCCUUCUAAAAAGUUCCUGGUAUAGGUGUCAGGGAGACUCACUAACAUCUACUUACAGAUCCACACACCUUCACUUCUAUAUAGAUAUCUCUCUAUCUUAACAAUGGGUGUGUAUGUGUGUGUAUAUAUAUAAAAACCCGUGUGUGUACAUAUAUAUACAUAUGCCUAUGCAUGUGGAGAAAUGCCUGUGCUGGCAUUACCCAGCUGGCUGCAUGCAGGGUUCCUCUUCUUCACAAACUGGUCUUGGGCAAAAGCUGUGCUGGAGACUUCCUUAAACAUGAGGAUAUUUGCCUCUGUAAGGUUAAUAUGUUGUGCUUUCCCCUUGGAGUCUGCUGUUAAAAGAUUCACUGACCUUAUUCCCACCAGGUCAAGGCUUUUUCUAUGCUUUGUAGAAGGGGUGAGUGUCACCCAGCCUGGAUGAGACUUGUCACCAUUCUUUGUCUC